UUCCGCUCGGAAAGCACAUCCACCCGUCGAAGAUGAGGAGCCGCGGCCAUCACGAUGCACCACACAUUCACCACUGCACUCCUUCUCGUUCUCGCACAGCUGAUGCCGCAGAACUCGAGAAACGCCAAGAAUCCCCCGCUGCAUCCAGCCAGAACUCAUUGCAGUACGGCCUAACACCGACGCCUGCUACCAUCUCGAUCCCUUUAUACGGCCAAACUACCUCUGCCUCUAUCAAUCUCACCCCGUUCGGAGGAACCCCGAUCCCAUGGGUUCCGUCCCAGUCUUUGAAUUCCGUCUCGAUAACGACCUCGAGUACGGCUGGAUUCCCGCCGUUGACUGGGUAUCCUGCUUGUGUAACCCUGUGUCUCGCCCAUGCUGCUUAUGCGGCAAAUUGCACCAGCGUCAUUGCUGUCGACUGCUACUGUUCCAACCCCAUAUUCCCGCAAGUACUCGUCAACUGUACUGCCCAAUCCUGUCUCAUCAACCUCUACGCCGCCGAAAACCUCGCCCAGCAAUACUGCAAUCUCGCAGCCUACUCAAACCCUGGAGCAUCCACCGGCUCGAUCCCUGCUCUCCCCGCAACACUCUCAUUCCCUUCCCCACUGGUAACGUCCCCACAGCCAACUUUUCCAACGAGUAUUACGCCUGUGGCGAUCAUUACCGGGCCUGUGAGCAACGGAGCUGCGAGGGUGGUGCGGAUCGGUAUGAAAGAAGUGUGGGUGUGGGAGGGAGAAGGCGUAAAGGGAGCGGUGAUGGGUGUGGUUGCUGGGAUCGUCGGUGUGGUCAUCGGCACUCUUCUAGUCUAGGGACCCGCCUAUCGAGGAUAGGGGAAUACAUAUGGCCAAGUAGGUCCGCGGAGAAAUGAACAAAUUCAUAAGAAACAGAACGUAACGGCAGCUCGCCGUGAUAUGAGGAUCCACCAUGACAGAGUAGUUUACGCCAACGAUCAAAUAAUGCUCAGCCUGCGUGUUCCAUAGUAUGUCGUUCCUAAAUCGACUUCUUAGCCUUGCAGAUCACUAUUAGCAUAAGACCGUCCUAUUGACAUGUGACAAAAAGUACUACUUUACACACUAGAAAAACACGAAUAUCCAUGAACUCGCAGCGAACAUAUCAUCGAAACACACCGAGAUCCGGAACACGAAAUGCACAAACAUGUACAUUUCAGAGCGUAACACCACGCUUCACGUCAGCUGUCACGGG